AUGACUGUCGGCCCAUCAGCCAGCCCCAAGGGUGUCUUUGCAAAUGGACCGCAGCGCAGGACUUGGUGGAAGGAAGCUUCGGUAUACCAGAUAUACCCUGCUUCAUUCUGUGAUGCUAAUGGCGAUGGCUUCGGCGAUAUUCCUGGCGUCGUGAGCAAGCUUGACUACUUGAAAGCCCUUGGUGUGGACGUGGUUUGGCUCUGUCCUGGCAGUGCAUGGUCGUAUGACGAGCAUACAGGGGAAUACUAUCUGCGCUUGUUCGCCAGAGAACAACCUGACCUCAACUGGGAGAAUCCUGCAGUUGUUCGUGAGGUCCACGAUGUCAUGGAUUUCUGGUUGUCAAAGGGGGUAGACGGUUUUAGAAUGGACGUGAUCAACUUGAUCAGCAAGACUCCAGGUUUCCCGGACGCUCCAAUCACCAUUCCGCAUGACGAGUUCCAACCGGCGCAUAUCCAUUAUGCCUACGGACCCCGCCUGCACGAGUUUUUGCGCGGCCUCCGACGGAUACUGGACAAGUACGACGCUUUCUCAGUCGGGGAGAUGCCCUGGGUCGACGACGAACGGGAUGUUAUUCGCGCUGUUGCUGCGGAUCGAAUGGAGCUCAACAUGAUAUUUCAGAUGGACAUCGUUAGCAUCGACUAUGGACCCGAGGGCAAGUUCUCGCCGAAACCAUGGACGCUGCCUAGUUUGAAGGCCAUUGUCGAGAAAUGGCAAACUUACAUGUACAACAACAAUGGCUGGAAUGCCUUAUUCCUUGAGAACCAUGACCAGAGCCGAUCCGUAUCCCGCUUCACGCCGCACCGACCGACAAGUAGGAAGUAUGCGGCGACCAUGCUGGCCACCUUCAUUGGCCUGCAGGCAGGGACACUCUUCAUUUACCAGGGACAAGAGCUGGGCAUGGCUAACUUGCCAGAAUCAUGGCCUACCGAGGAAUACAAAGAUGUGGAGACGCAAACGCUCUACCAACUGUCAGUCAAUGCUCCAUCUGUCCUCAUCCGUGACAUGUUCUGA